GUCCCUUCUUUGCACGAUUUGCUCUCCAGCCAAACGCCCAAGCCUUCUUCAAUUGGAAGAUUGUUGCUGUUACCAGGCUUUUGCAGUAUUGCCGAGAAGUGCCCAAGCCUUCUUUUUUUCCAGUUCCAGGCUCCAUUCUUGUCUUCCUCUAGCAUUUUGUUCAUAAAACAUCACUUGAUAAAAAAGGUUAGUCCCAUUCGAAGUUUAUGGGUUGCUGAUGUCUGCUGGGUUACACACGGUUUUAAAUAUUAUAGAAUAUAAUUUGAUCAAAAGAGUUAAGAUUAGAAGACGAGCGUAUUUUUCGUAUGGAUAGUUUAUUGAGAGGAAGCACAAAGCAAGUUAGCGUGUGCUAAAGUGGCUGUGAAGCAAUCGAUUCAUUUCGUUGAGUAUUCAGUAGUAUGUAGGCUUUUUCUCUCCGAAAACCUGCCGAAAACACUGCUGGAGUCACAGAUUGCAUCGAAGAGUCGGCUACGACGACAUGGAUGUGUUCUAUUCAAGUUUUCUGUUUGAGAGGGAGCUUGAGCGUGCAGACUUUCUGUAAAGGUGUGUGAUUGCCUUUAAAUUUCAGCUCCUGGACAUUGCUUAGGUGCCUGAUCACAGAUGGCUGAAAUUGUGAAGGAUUUAGCCCCAAACUUGUCCAGCCGUGAGACUGACACUGAUGACUUUAUGGCACUCCUGGAUGAGUUAUUGGAUGAUGGGGAACCAAGGAAUGUGUUGGAAAGGCAUGUAUGUGGAGAUGAAGGAUCUUUCAAAGGGAUGUGUUGUGUUUGCGGUAAGAGGUUGGAAAAGGAUUUGGGUGUGCCUUUGGGGUAUAUACAUAAGGGUCUAAGGGUCGGAAACAAUGAUGUUGUUCGAUUGCGAAUUGAGGACUUGAAACAUUUAUCACGAAAUAAAAAGCUUUACUUGGUACUUGACCUUGAUCAUACGCUGCUCAAUUCAACUGAGAUAAUUCAUUUGACUCCAGACGAAGAAUAUUUGAAGACUCAAACACAACCUCUGCAGGAUGUUUCACAAGGCAACCUCUUUAUGUUAGACUCCAUGCAUAUGAUGACCAAGUUGAGGCCCUUUGUUAAAACAUUUCUGAAAGAAGCAAGUAAAAUGUUUGAGAUGUACAUAUACACGAUGGGUGACAGACGAUAUGCGUUAGAAAUGGCGAAGCUGCUUGAUCCCGGUGGCAUGUACUUUAGCAAUAGAGUGAUUUCGCGAGAUGAUGGUACUCAAAGACAUGAAAAGGGUCUGGAUGUCGUGCUAGGUCAUGAAAAUGCUAUUGUUAUCCUUGAUGACACAGAAAAUGCAUGGAAAAAGCAUAAGGAUAAUUUGAUUCUCAUGGAAAGAUAUCAUUUCUUUGCUUCAAGUUGUCAUCAAUUCGGCGACAAAGUUAAAUCAUUAUCAGAGUUGCAAAGGGAUGAGUGUGAACUUGAUGGUGCGCUUGCAUCCAUACUGAAAGUUCUAAAGCAGAUCCACCGUAUAUUCUUCGAGGAACUUGAGGAUGAUAUUGCUAGCAGAGAUGUGAGGAAGGUGCUGAAAAAGGUUCGGAAGACAGUCUUAAAGGGAUGUAAAAUUGUCUUCAGCCAUGUUUUCCCCAACAAUUUUCAGCCUGAUAAGCACCCUCUUUGGCAAAUGGCUGGGCAAUUAGGAGCAACAUGUUCUACAAAUCUUGAUUCGUCUGUGACGCACAUUGUUUCACCAGUUUCUGGAACUGAAAAGUGUCGGUGGGCACAGGAGCAGAAGAAGUUUUUGGUUCACCCCCGUUGGUUAGAAGCUGCAAAUUUUCUAUGGCAGAGGCAGCCUGAAGAAAGCUUCCAUGUAAGUACCUCUUCAAAGCAUCACUAGAAGACAAUUUUUCCAAACAAUUCAUACAUAUAAUCUUAAAACAAAUGAAGUCUUUCCCAAAUUUUAAAGCCACA